UCGGUCGGUGCUGAGAGACGAGCCGCAUUUCGUGAACACGCCACGUCCGGUUCGGUUGCGUUUAUAGCAGCAGUCAUGGCAGCGUUUUCUGAAAUGGGAGUUAUGCCGGAAAUCGCGCAGGCUGUGGAGGAGAUGGACUGGCUAUUACCCACUGACAUCCAGGCAGAGUCCAUCCCUCUGAUUCUGGGUGGAGGAGAUGUUCUCAUGGCUGCAGAAACCGGCAGCGGCAAGACGGGAGCCUUCAGCAUCCCGGUGAUCCAGAUUGUUUACGAGACCCUGAAGGAUCAGCAGGAGGGAAAGAAGGGAAGAGCCUCCAUCAAGACCGGAGGAGCCCUUUUCAACAACUGGCAGAUGAAUCCUUACGAUCGCAGCACGGCCUUCGCCAUCGGUCCAGAUGGACUCUGCUGUCAGAGCAGAGAGUUUAAAGAAUGGCACGGCUGUAGAUCCACCAAAGGAGUCAACAAAGGGAAGUAUUACUACGAGGUGAGCUGCAGCGAUCAGGGUCUGUGUCGGGUCGGCUGGUCCACCAGUCAGGCUGUUCUGGAUUUAGGAACUGAUAAAUACGGUUUUGGUUUUGGAGGAACUGGAAAGAAAUCCAACAACAAGCAGUUUGAGAGCUAUGGAGAGGAGUUCACCAUGCACGACACCAUCGGCUGCUACCUGGAUAUGGACAAGGGACAGAUUUACUUCUCUAAAAAUGGAAACGACCUGGGUUUGGCCUUCGACAUCCCUCAGAAUCUGAGGAGUCAGGCUUUCUUCGCCUCCUGUGUGCUGAAGAACGCAGAGCUGAAGUUCAACUUUGGAGGAGAAGACUUCAAACAUCCUCCUAAGACCGGAUUCAUCGGUCUGGAUCAGGCAGCCGACGGCCACACGGUCAAGUCAGCUCAGACCGGCAGCGCUAAAGUGAGUCAGGUCAAAGCUUCCUCCAACGCCCCCAAAGCUCUGAUCAUCGAACCGUCCAAAGAACUGGCCGAACAAACGCUCAACAACGUGACGCAGUUCAAGAAAUACGUGACCGACCCCAAACUCAGAGAGCUGCUGGUGAUCGGAGGAGUCGCUGCUAAAGACCAGCUGGCAGCUCUGGACCAGGGGGUGGACAUCGUGGUGGGAACUCCCGGCCGACUGGACGACCUCAUCUCUACGGGGAAACUCAGUCUGUCCCAAGUCCGCUUCCUGGUUCUGGAUGAGUGUGACGGCCUCCUGUCUGCUGGUUACACCGACUUCAUCAACAGGAUCCACAACCAGAUUCCUCAGGUCACCUCUGACGGGAAGAGACUGCAGGUGAUCGUCUGCUCGGCCACGCUGCACUCGUUCGACGUGAAGAAGCUGUCCGAGCGCAUCAUGCACUUCCCCACCUGGGUGGACCUGAAGGGGGAGGACUCGGUUCCAGAGACGGUCCAUCAUGUGGUGGUUCCCGUUAACCCCAAGAGCGACCGGCUGUGGGAACGGAUGGGAAAGACCCACAUCAGGACUGAUGAAGUCCAUGCCAAAGAUAACACCAGACCAGGAGCAAACUCUGCAGAAAUGUGGUCGGAGGCCGUGAAGCUGCUGAAGGGCGAAUACACCGUCAGAGCCAUCAAAGAGCACAAGAUGGACCAAGCCAUCGUCUUCUGUCGCACCAAGAUCGACUGCGACAACAUGGAGCAGUACUUCAUCCAGCAGGGAGGAGGUCCGGACAGUAAAGGCCACCAGCUCUCCUGUGUUUGUCUCCACGGCGACCGGAAACCCAACGAGAGGAAGAAUAACUUGGAGCGCUUCAAGAGGAAGGAAGUGAGACUGUUGAUCUGCACAGACGUCGCUGCUCGAGGAAUCGACGUCCACGGAGUUCCGUACGUGAUCAACGUCACGCUGCCUGAUGAGAAGCAGAACUACGUCCAUCGUAUUGGCAGAGUUGGAAGAGCCGAGAGGAUGGGUCUGGCCAUCUCCUUGGUAGCGAUGGAAAAAGAGAAGGUCUGGUACCACGUUUGUGCGAAUCGAGGUCGCGGCUGCUACAACACUCGCCUGAAGGAGGACGGAGGCUGCACCAUCUGGUACAACGAGAAGGAGCUGCUGUCAGAAAUCGAGGAGCAUCUGAAGUGUACGAUCACACAGUGUGAACCUGAUAUUAAAGUUCCUGUAGACGAGUUUGAUGGGAAGGUGACGUACGGACAGCGCAGAGCUUUAGGAGGUGGGAACUACAAGGGCCACGUGGACGUUUUGGCCCCGACGGUUCAGGAGCUGGCCAACCUGGAGAGAGAAGCCCAGACGUCCUUCCUCCACCUGGGAUACCUGCAGAACCAGCUGUUCAGAGCCUUCUGACACGCCUGAGCCUCAACACAGCACUACAGGCUGCAGACACACGAAGAAACCCAACAUUUCACCUGAUUUCUUUUUGAAUGUGGGUCAGCUGACUGUAAAUCAUUUCAACUUACUCUCUAAGGUCAGAACUGAAAACAUUUCUGAAUAUUACUCUGGAUCCUGAUUUACUGGGUUCUGUGUUUAAUUUCCUGGUUGUUGAAGCUGAAAUAAAUAUUUAAGUUUAUCUGUAGAGGACAAAGUCGAUGAAUUAAAGUGACCUGAAGUUUUCUUUUCUGAAAUAAACUGUUGGGAGUCUG